UUCUGUCCCCAGUUCCCCGAAUCAUGUGACUUCCACCAAAACAAAGCUACCAGCCAGCUGACGGUGAAAGUACAGAGGUCAGAGGCUGAGACUUUUUAGACUGAAUGAAACCGCUGCUGGUUUAGGAUGAACACGACACUGAAGCACUGGAAAGAGGCGGCCACUCUGAUUUUAGCCGCAGGACGCGGGCGUGGUUUCACCCCGAGAGCACCGCUGACAGGGGAAAGCGACUCUGGACAGUCACAUCUGCCCCACAGGUCCCCCUUUGAUUACGACGUUUUGCUGCUUAAAAGAAGCGGUAAAAGCGGAUUCAUGCCCAAUGCUUAUGUGUUUCCUGGGGGAGUGGUGGACGCAUCGGAUUUUUCCAGUGAGUGGUUGGACAUUUUCAGAUCUUUCACUAACUCCCUGACUUUCGGGUUAAGAAGUGUCAAACAGCCUCUGGAGACCAGACCUCCAAUCUUUGCUACAGACCGACUGAAACUAGGCUCUCCCAUCCCGGGAGAAGUCGCCCUCCGGAUCUGCGCGUUGAGGGAAACAUUUGAGGAAUCUGGCGUACUUCUGGUUGCUCCCAAAACAGAGGAGAAAAAAAUGUUAAAAAGCAUAAAGGACUUUGGUUACAUUGAGCGCUACGGGGUGAAUGAUCUGUGCAGCAGUGAGCUCACCAAGUGGAGGGCUCUGGUUAACCAGAACCCCUCCAACUUUAUUAGGAUGUGUAGAGAGCUGCAAGUGUUGCCUAACAUCUGGGCUUUACAUGAGUGGAGCAACUGGCUGACUCCAGCAGGCCGAUAUGGGACGACGAGAUUUGACACAGCUUUCUUCAUCUGCUGCUUGCAGGAGAUUCCGCAUACGCUACAAGAUGAUAAGGAAAUUGAGCGUUUUCAGUGGUCCACACCCUCAGAGAUCUUGCAGAGCUACCAGGCACAGGAGUUGUGGAUUGCGCCUCCACAGUUCUAUGAACUCAGCCGCCUGUGCCACUUCCCUCUACUAAAUGAUCUCCACAACUUCGCCAGCCAGCGUGCCACAGCGGGCUGCGAGCAGUGGAUGCCCGUUGUUGUAUCAAAUGAUGAACAUCAUAUAUCGCUGCUGCCAGGUGAUAAACUUUAUCCAGUGGACAGCCCAAGAGACUCUGAAGCUGCAAAAAACACAGCCCCUCAAUCAAAGGAUCAUCAGGAUGCUUCCCCGCUCCACCGUAUUGUCAUAUCAGAUCCAUACACUUUAAGGGUACAGAUCACCAUCACUCCAAAAUACAAGCACGUCCUCCCUGUUGCACAUUCAGCAGUGUCACAUGACUCAAAAAGUCAGCUUUGACAACCCUGUGAUCCUUGUCCUCCUGUGCCUAUGAAAUAAAAAGUCACAAAACCAGGCAAAUUUACAGUCAUAUUUUUAUAUCGGUCUCAGUCAUGUUGCUCUCGUCACUGUAUAUUUUAUUAUGUUAAUUUAAAUUAGAAAUUUUGCAGCACUUUGAGAGUUAAUGUGUUUCAGAUUGGCUUGUUUUGGGUAGAAAUUCCUAGUACAUGAAGCUGGAAGAGAAGAAGAAGACAAACAUGGACAGAAGAAGAAAGAACAUUCAGUCUUCAGCUCAGGCCAAACUUUGCAGGACCUGCCAGACAGCUCAUUUAAAUAAUGGCAGUAAUCGUGUCUGUUUUUACAGUGUGUAGUUAGUUUUUACGUCAGGACAAAAAGCAACUUCAAAAAUUGUAUAUGCAGUUUAAAGAUUAGACAACUUUUUAUUUGCACGGACCUGCCUGCACAGACACAGAUGCAUUAAGAGGUCAGAUUUUUGUUCCAAUAAAAAUGCAUAUAUAGUUAUUGCAAUCCAAAGACAUGUUCUUCAUGACUAUACAGAGGACCAGAGUAUCCUCAAACUUUGUCGCCGUUGUAGUGAAAGCUGAAGGCUGUGUUUGAUCAGUUGUGCUUAUUACUGGAAAUAUAGGUUGAUUACAGCAAUGCUGUUAAUGAAAUUUGUUAAAUCUGAUAAAUUUAAACAUAAAGGCUGCUG